GAAGUGGAAAUUUCCUAAUUACUUGAAGUCUUCUUGUGGAAUUCCAUAAUGUUGUGAUUCUUGCUCACUAUCUUAAGUGAAACUUUGCGUGAGACCUAUGGAAAGUAUGGCAGCAUGCCCCUUAGAAUCUGGUUUGAAUCAGCUUUUGUUGUAGGAAACUGCUAGCCUUUAAAAAAAAAAAUAUUGUAACCUUGUUUCAUCAAAUCUAAAUGUGUAGUGGGUUUUCUUUUGGUGGGGAGUGGCUGUGGGUUUCAGUUAAGACCACAGCUAGGAUGAAAGGCAAAGAGAAAAACAGAAACCUUGGAAGCCAAGCCUGUUCUGUGGCUGGAUUUUACUUGUAUUGGAAGAAGUUCUAUGUUUUGUAAAUUUGUGUAUUGGUUUGGUUUGUUUCCUCUGAUAGAUUAGUAUUUGGAUAGUUUAGUGUUACCUCAGCUACACUGAAGGAAUAGACAGUCCUCACAAGUGUAAGUUCCAACUUGGAAGCCUGGGAUCUGCAGUAGCUGUGGAACUUAAGCCUUUGAGCUCAGAGAUGCAAGAGGCAUUGAGUUACUACCAAGGGCCUGAUCUUUUCUUUAGCAGGCAUCUGUGUUAAUUGCUUCAAAAGGUGGUGAUCAGUUUUACAGCCUAUUAUAAAGGAGAUUUUCGCCUACUAUAAAACUAAUCCCCCUGAAAGAGUGAGUAAACAUAACUUUCUGUGUGUUGACUUCCACAGGGGAAGGAGUUGGCACUUACACCUUGAUUCACAACUUUUGAUUCAGUUGUCCCUCUGAAGCCAUUUUUGCAGGGGAUCAGUUUGGAGUGCGCGUUAACAAUGUUAUCUUUUUUCUCUCUCCAGAACACCUUCCACCAUGACCACCUCAGCAAGUUCCCACUUAAAUAAAGGCAUCAAGCAGGUGUACAUGUCCCUGCCUCAGGGUGAGAAAGUCCUCGUGCCUGCUGCCAUGUUUCGGGACCCCUUCCGUAAGGACCCGAACAAGCUGGUGUUGUGUGAAGUUUUCAAGUACAAUCGAAGGCCUGCAGAGACCAAUUUGAGGCACACCUGUAAACGGAUAAUGGACAUGGUGAGCAACCAGCACCCCUGGUUUGGCAUGGAGCAGGAAUAUACCCUC